AUGUUCAAAGUUGGAAUAAGUAGAGUUCCAGUUGGGGCGGCCAUACUAAGAAACCAGUUAAGACUAACAGCAGCAAGGUCGCUGUUUCCAUUGAGAGCUGCUACUGCUACUGCUGCUGCUGCUGCUGCUACGCCUACAUUUGCAUCCAGUUUACGUUACAACUCAUCUUCCAGCACCGCACACGAGAUCAAGGAUAAGUUAGUUUCGUUUGCUGACGAAAACAACGUUGCAGAAACAGUCACUAACUUGCACUCCGACCAGAUUGGCUACUUAGAGUCCAUUGGUUUGGCCCAGGGAUGGGGUCCAACUAGUAUAAUUGAAAAACUAUUGGAGUUUACUCAUGUGUACACUGGAUUACCCUGGUGGGGUACGAUUGCAGUACUCACAGUUGCCAUUAGGGUUGUUUUGUUCCCACUUUACGUCAAGGCCAGUUCCAAUGCCACUAGAAUGUCCGAAAUAAAACCACAAUUGGAUGUCAUUAUGAAACAGAUAAAAGGGGGAGACACACAGGACCAAUUGAAGGGGAUGGAAAAAAGACGUAAAUUGAUGAAGGAGCACAAUGUUUCGACUUUGGCUUCAAUGGCGCCAAUUAUUCAGUUACCAUUGGCGUAUGGCUUUUUCCAAGCUCUUCGGAAAAUGGCCAACCAUCCAGUGGAGGGAUUUACGGAUCAAGGUCUUGCGUGGUUUACCAACUUGAGUGACGUUGACCCAUACUUGGGAUUGCAAGCCAUUGCAGCUGCUGCAGUUAUUGCCGUCGUUAGAAUCGGUGGUGAGACUGGUCAACAUGCAAUUGCAAACAGUAUGAAACAAGUGAUGACGAUUGUGCCCAUAAUAUCGAUAUUUAUAACCAAAAACUUUUCCGCCGCUGUUGUUUUGUACUUUGCCAUCAACUCAGUAUUGUCGUUGAUACAAAGUGCCAUUUUCAAGAGCAAUACGUUGCGUCAGUUGUUGGGUAUGCCCAAGAAGUUGACCAUUCAUCAAUUGAAUGAGAGCACCACGAGUCUGCCCAAGUCGUUGAAAGAAAUGGUGACUAACUUUGUUGAUGAGUCAAAGGAAAGAAGUAUUAAAGCGGCCAGGGAUGCAAACAAGAGGUUGGAAGUGACUCAACAUAGAAAGGCUGUUGAUGAUUACGGGUACAUCAAGAAAAGAGAAAGACAUGAUAAGCGUGGAAGAAAGUGA